AAUCCAACGGUCAUCUAGAUUUGCACAGCUCGAUCCAUCACGAGCUCAGCUUGACAAUGGGCAAGCAAUCGCCUAGGGAACAAGAUGGUCGUGUCGUGAGGGCCUAGAGAUUACCUCGUUUCGCGCAGGAGCUACCAUGGGCAUUGCGGGUGUUGCGGGGGUUGGGUCUUGGGGCCAGUCCCCUUCUCGGCGCGCCUUCCGCCGUUCCCCCGCAGCCUUGCGCGAUUCCAUGGUCCCUUGGGCUGGCUUUUGGUUCCUAGAUUCCGGAUGAGACCGCGCGUCCCCGUGCAGUUGCUGAAAUUCCGUGCAGCGGACCUGGCGUUGAGCUUGUUGGGUGCGAAAUCCCGUGCGAGAAUUCCGUCGCGAAACGCCGCGUGCCUCUCAUUUCGCUCGUUUCGCUAAUGCACGGGGGUACUGAAUCACUGUUCCUCGGGCCAGCGGUCUCGCUUCCCGCGUCUUUUCCCUCUGCGACGCUCCUCAAGAAUUUAUUUCCUUGUUCGUAUUCACUUCCAGCCGACCUAGGGAACGUCACCAGUCCUUGUGACUUGAAGACAGCCGAGCUGCAAGUGUGAAAUCCAUCACCAGCCGUCUAAGAUUGUAACCAGAACUGUAGAUCCGUCGAGAGAUGCCUUGAGAGCUGCCGGUUACAGAUUUUAGUAGCUUCCCCUCUCGUCACGAUCCGCUCCUCUUGCGAGUUUGCCUGAGUGAUUCUUCUGCCUUCAUACUCCAAGCUCUUACUCUCGAGUCUGGGCUCCACUCUCAAGCAAGCAGCCCGUUUCGCCCUCGCUUGAAGAGGUUAUGGCUACAAGCAAUGGCAAUCACGCGGAUUUGAAGAGGAGAUUGAUAAGUUGCCAGGACGUGAAGAGGGCGGCCGACGAUGCAUUAGCGCAGGUAACCACUGACGUAUGGCAACAGCUGCAGGAGCAGUCUGCAGAGAUCGACCGGCUGGAAGCAGACCUGGAAGACCUGCUGAGAGCAAAUCUGGAGCUCGAGAAGGAGGUUAAGAAACUGAAGAAGAAGGAAAGAGUGAAGGAGUUUGAGAAACUGGAAGCUAGAGUGAAGGAGCAAGAGGUGGAGAUUGAGACACUGCGAGCCAGGUUGAAGGAGUUUGAAAGCCUGGAAGCCAGAGUGAAGGAAUUUGAGAGGAUGGAAGCUAGAGUGAAGGAGCAUGAGAGUGAGAUUGAGACGCUGCGAGCCAGGUUGAAGGAGUGUGAGAAGCUGGAAGCUAGAGUGAAGGAGUUUGAGAUGGUGGAAGCUCGAGUGAAGGAGCAUGAGGCGGAGAUUGAAUUGCUGCGAGCGAGUGCAAGGGAUGCCGAGACAUUAAAGGAGAGGGUUAGGGAGUGCGAGAAUAUGCUGGAGGAGAGGGCGAAGGAGAUCAAGAUUCUGCAAGCCAAAGUGGAGGAUCAUGAGGAGAUUGUUAAGCAGCUAGAAGCAUCAAUUGAUGCCAAGGAUGCGAAAGUGAGCUGGUAUGAGAAGGAGGUUGAGAGGCUGAAAGCGAGAGGAAGUGAGGAGGCGGAGAAGGACUUAAAGAAGAGAGUUAGAGAGUGUGAGGGUUUGCUGGAGGAAAGGGCGAAGGAGAUAGAGAUAUUGAAAGCCGGAGUGGAGGAGCAUGAGGAGAUCGUUCGGUUGCUAGAGGCGUCAAUAGAUGCCAAGGACGAGAGGGUUAGGCUGUGUGAGGAGGACGUUGCGAGGCUGCAAGCGAGAGCAAGAGAGGAUGGGAACUCAAAUGAAACGGUUAAAGAGUGUGAAGGUUUGCUGGACAGGGCGAAGGAAACAACGAAGCUGGAAGACGAAGUGCAGCAGUACAAGAUGAUGCUUAAGGCGCUGCAGGCAAUAAAUGAUAUGAAAGACUCUGGAGUGGCGUCUUUUGAGAGGGAGGUUGAGAGGCUGCGAGUGAGAGCAAGAGAGGCCAAGAGCUCAGAGGCGAAGCUUAAGGAGGCUGAGGAAGAGAUCCAAGGACUUUGGAAAAGGAUAGAGGAGUUGGAGUUGGAGUUGGAGGUUAACCAGGCCCAGAAUGUGGAGGGAGACGGGGAAGUGGAGGGGGGAGGGGAGGGGGAGGUGGAGGGGGAGGGGGAAGUGGAAGUGGAAGGGGGAGGGGAGGGGGAGUGGGAGGGCGAGCGGGAGAGGGGGUGGGAGGGGGAGGUGGAAGGGGAGGGGGAGGCGGAAGGGGAGGGGGAGUGGGGGCGGGAGUGGGAGGAGGAUAGGAACGUGGAUGGGAUUGUGGAGGACCUGACCAGAGAUUUGGAUGAGGUGAAGGAGCAGCGCAACAAUCUGCGCCAGCAGCUGAGGAACACCCAAGAGCACAGGGGGAGGGUCCAGCAGGAGCUCAUGGAAGCUCGGGAUAAGUCCCUCAAGGUGCUGCGUGACUGCUUGGGAGAUCUCAGCAGAGUGCCAGCAGAGGGAAUACCGCAGCUAGUGAGCGCCAUAGGGACUCACGUUCAGCCUGAGCUGGAGGAAGAAGAGGAGGAUUUGGUGGAAGUCAAUCCAGAGCCCAAGCUAGGGGAGGUCAUGAGGCUGCUGGGUGACACAAUCAACACGCUGCUCGCUGCAGCUCGCAGGAAGUGAGGGGCACGGUACCAACGAAAACCUCCUUGCAGCAGUGCCGUACCAACUUGAAAUGGGGUUGGCUAUUUUAGUAUGUGGCCAUCAGGUUACAAAGCAUGGUUGAAAGCUAAAAAGUCAACAGAAAUUCAAUAGUAUACAUUAUCGUACUAAAUUUUUCAUGUAGUA